UAGCGCCGUCUGUCGGACGUUCAGACAACUUUUCUAAGUUUGGAGUGAAAUUGAUACCGCAAUACAGAUAAACAUGUCUACGAUAAACAAAGUGGACAUGUCACUUGAUGACAUCAUUAAACUCAACAAGAAGCAGAGUCGCGGUGGUCGAGGUCGAGGUCGAGGCAGCCUGGGUCGGGGGGCCAACAGAGGACGAGGAGGGGGAGGAGUCAACAAGGUGAAGCAGUUCCGCACUAAUCUACAGAGAGGAGGAACGAGAGGGCGUGGUGGACGUGGCCGGCUGCGGAGACUGUCAGGAAUUAGUCCCCUCAAUAGAUCACAGGAGCAAAGUUUAAAGAAUUCAUUAAGCCCCAAGUCGAGUAGAGGGGGCAAGUUCAAUCAAGGUCAAGGUCAAGGUCGGCAGCAGCAACAACAGUCUUACAAGCAGCAGAGGCUAAAGGCUGUCUUAGCCCUGAAGAAAGCAAAGAACCAACUCGCUCGAAUAGACGCACAGGCAGCCAAUAGACAGAAUCUCAUCAAUCAGCGACGUGGUCUUCAGACAUCAUCAUCACAACAGCAAUACCAAAAUACAAAUAGGGGCAGGGGUCGUGGAAGGGGUCGAGGUCGAGGUGGGCGGGGCCGUCUCAACCGACAGAACUACAAUCCAGGGAGUGGUAACAGAGCACAGAACCAGGUGGAUGUUGCAUCGUAUGGGUUCACCAAUCAGACCGUGAGUCGAGGGGGAGGUCGAGGCCGUGGCCGACUACGCCGUCUUGGCAACACCUACAGCAGCAACUUGUCCCUCAACUCCUCCAUGUCCAGUGGCAGUGUGCAGAGGAAGAAGAGGCAAUGGCGCAGUCGUCCUAUCCAAGCUCCUUCAUCACAGAAUGAUGGAAUAUUGACAAUCUCCGUACCAAAUCCUAGCUACCAGUCUACACCACAACAAGAAUCGUCCAAGAAGUAUAACUACAACAAGAGGCUCUUCGCUCAGUCAGGGACCAAUGCCCCUUUGAGUGAGAGGUUCCAGGAUGGCUCUGGAUCUUCCAGGGAUGGCUCCAGACAGGUGUUCUUGUGAUCCGGCAGUCGGCAUUCCUCAGAUGAAGGAGCUCAGGCCAAAGAUGUCUACCAACAGAGCUGGUGUUUCAAGGUCAAGGCAGUUUGCAAGGUCAAGGCCAUUAUGAAUGACGUGUGAAGCCUACAAGCAUCAGUUUCUAUGGUUACGGGAUCACCUGAUGUUCCCAUGUUUUAGGAGAAUGUGAUACUAACGUUCAUCUGAUAUUUCUGGGAAAGAAAAUAAUUUUAUUCAUUAUGAAACAUUAUGGUGCUAAACUGUGAACAACAUUUCCAACUUUGGCCGUUGUGUAAUCUUUGUAUCACUUCAAGUACCAGGAAUUUUAACGCAGGGAUAUGAGUGAUAUACAGUAGGCAUGCUGCAUAGUGUUUGUCCUGAAGUGUUUGUUGAGAAAAGUGAUGAUUUUAGCAUUUAUGAAACUGGUUAUGUUUCAAGCCAUAUCAGCAACUCAAUCUCACUAAAAUCAAAUCUUUACGCCGACACGAUAGCUCUCAUUGUGAAGAUCUCACAAAGUCAUAUCUCCACAAAACGUCACAUAAGGGAAACUGUGACUGAACUUUGACCAGCCAGUCUAAAUGAAGGAUCUGUGGGUUCUUGAGCCAAUCAGAUGUCAGCUUUCUAAAAUUAUUCGUCUUUAUUUCUUUACCCCUUGAUUCGGAUAUUUCCAUUUUAACCAAAGGAAACCCCAGAGAACACAAAUAUACCUUCAGAUCCAGCGUGGUGCAGAUACCACGGUGCUUAGAAAUGGACUUAUAAAAUUUCAAUAAGAUAACAGUGAAGCCUUUUUUACUUCAUUCUUAACUGCCUGUUCAUGUUCCUUUAUGAGAGAAAUCUGAAAUGCUGCUGUGCAUGCUUUGCUUGCCAGUACCAAGAAUUUAAAAGCCUCAGCACUGCUUGGCUGAUAGGAAGCUCUCCUGUCUCAUCCGGCUAUGGAGACUGAUAGCUUCACAAUGAGAGGUAUUGUAUUGGAGUAAAAGAAAUGAUCUGUGACUUAGUGUUGACAGUUUUAGGAGAAGAAUACUUUUAGAAGAUAUUUAUUUUGCCUUAUUUGUGAAAUGUCACAUCCUUUCAAGGCUUUCCUUGUUUAAAGAUUUGAUACAAUGUAUUCAUGUAUAAAUCAUGUGGUAGAUUAAAGCUUAAUCUCACCAGUGUUUAUUUUUGAAGGAUUUUUUCUUAAUCAUGGUUAAAAGAGAGGAAACAGGUGACCUUUUACUGUCUUUAGUCGACUCUGUGUGUAGUUUCUUAAACAUGUUUAUGCAUUGGUUUUAUUGAAGUUGAUGAAUUGGUAUUCAACAUUUUAUGUACUUCACUGUUAUGUAGGUUGUCAAUAUCAACCAGAUUUUGAAGAUAGCAGGAUUCUGAUUGGUCCUUCACAAGUAUCAAAUGAGAAUAUCAUAGCUAUGACGUCUCUGGUCAUUCACCGUGUUAACAUGUACUACAAAGAAAGUUAAGGACCACCGAUACUUUCAUAUUAUUAUGGUUAAUAUGUCAUGCCAUGACAGAUUAACGUUUAGUAAUAAGAAAGAAUCGGGUGGUUCUUUACUUUUUUGAGUAGUAUUUUCCAAGUUGUUUUGUUGACAUUUUAAUGCUUGAUAUGAUGUGUCUCUGUUAUUCUGCACUUUUAACCCAAGAUUGACAAAAGAAAGUCAGCAGACUGAAGCCAUGUUGACAGUGUUAGUUCUGAUAGUGGCAAGACCCCACCUUAAAAUAAUCAUUAUUCAUCAAUACGAUCUAAGAUGAUGACGUUUUUCAUAAUGUUGGCAAUGUGACUUCCCAGAUAUUUGAAAUUGGUAAACCCAGAAGUUUGACUGGGAACAGUAGUGUUUGGAUCCCAUUGUAUUACUGUGCUGAAUGGAAUAUUAAAAAUUAAUUAUUUGAAGCUUAGCAUAGAUGAAGGAAGCUUUUUAACAAUGGAGAAAUAGUCUCAAUAAUAUGGAUGUAUCCUGAACGUUUCAUUUUC